AUGGCAAACCGAGGCUACGACGUAGUUGUGGACGUUGAUGCAGAGGGAGACCUAGGUCAUACCGACCUGCAAGAGGACCUCGAAUUCCACUCAUCCAAUUUCGAAACACAGACGUCGACGCGUGGUAAACUUCCCCCCGGCAACAACUCGUUCUUGCCCACCAGCAACGGCAACCCCUCGGUGACGAGUAGCAAGCACUACCUCUGGAGCAUCUCCUUCUACGCUCAGUUCUUCGAUGUCGACACUUCUGAAGUCGCUCGCCGCUGUCGCGCUGCCAUUUUCCCUCUCUCGAACUUCCUCGAUGUGCUAGACGGAAACCCCGAUCUGUAUGGCCCCUUCUGGAUCGCUACUACCGUUGUCGUCAUCCUCUUCCUCACUGGAACAAUCUCGCAGUAUCUGGCAAAGGAGGGCAAAAAACACUUCAUCUACGACUUCACACUGUUGUCUGGUGCUGCGGGCUUGAUUUAUGGUUACACUUUCAUCAUUCCUGUUGCUCUCUGGGCUGCCUUGAAAUGGUUCAGGGCAGAGUCUGCAAACCUGCUCGAAUGUGUCUGCCUAUACGGCUACGCGAACCUGAUCUGGAUUCCCGUCGCCUUGAUCUCUUGGUCGCCCAUCUCGAUUCUGAACUGGGUCUUUGUCGCCGUCGGUCUUGCUGCUUCGCUCGUCUUCCUCGUCCGCAACCUUUACCCCGUGCUCAGUGCUACCGACGUCAAGACGAGCAAAAUUCUCUUGAUUGUCGUCGUCGCUUUACACUUUGGUCUUGCCCUGGCCAUCAAGAUUCUGUUCUUUGCACACAACAGCCCAGCAAAGAAGGACAAGGACCACAAGGAUGACGAUGGUAAGAUGAUGCGCAUGUUCUUCGGCUUGUAG